AUGCCUGGGUUAACUGCAGAGGAAGAGAGAUUGAAGGAUAUCCAUUAUAGACAAUGGGGUCCAUAUGUGUCCGAAAGAUCCUGGGGAACUGUUAGAGAAGAUUAUAGUGUUGACGGAAAUGCAUGGGACUCCUUCAAAUUCGAGGAUUACGCCAGAGUAUCACGUUGGUCCCAAGACGGAUUGGCUGGUGUGUCCGAUAGACGCCAGCUAGUCAACAUAACCAUGGCUCUAUGGAAUGGUAAAGACGAGAUCUUGAAGGAGAAAUUAUACGGGUUGACAAACAAUCAAGGAAACCACGGUGAAGAUGUUAAGGAACUUUAUUACUACCUCGACAACACACCUUCCCACUCUUACAUGAAGUACUUGUACAAGUACCCCCAAAACAAAUUUCCCUAUCAACAAUUGAAAGAAGAAAACGGCAAGAGGUCUAGGCUUGAAGAAGAAUUUGAGCUCACCGAUACUGGAUUGUUUGACAAGAACGAAUACUUUGAUGUCGUGUUUGAAUGUGCCAAGGACUCGCCAGACGACUUGUACUUUAGAAUCACUGCUUACAACAGAAGCGAUAAACCAGCACCUUUGCACAUCUUGCCCCACUUGGUCUUGAGAAACACUUGGGUUUGGGGUAACGUCGAUUCGCAAAACAAGGAAAAACCACACGUGAAGCAAAUUGAUGACUACACCAUCGAAGUCACCACAUCAAAAUUUGGUAAACGCUACUUAUCCUUUGCACCAUCCCCAGGUAUCAACGACAACUCGCCUGACGUUGAGCCACAAUUGGUGUUUUCUGAAAAUGAAACAAAUACCAAGAAAUUGUAUGAUCAAGAAAACAAGUCGAAAUACACCAAAGAUGCAUUCCACGAAUUGGUUGUACAAAACAACAAGGAGGCUGUAAAUCCAGAUAAAGAAGGAACUCAAGCAGCAGCAUGGUAUGUGUUUGACGAAGACGGAGGUGUGCCACCGGGAGACUAUGUCACGAUUCGUUACAAGUUCACAAAGGAAAACACCGAAGUUGACGAAUAUAAAUUGGAUCAAAUCUUUAGCAAGAGACAAAAUGAGGCAGACCAAUUUUAUUGGAAAGUGUCACCUUUACCCAUUAGUGAUGAAUUGAGACAAAUUCAGAGGUAUGCGUUUGCCGGUCUCUUGUGGUCUAAACAAUUUUACCAUUUUGUCCACAACUAUUGGGCCUAUGGUGACCCAAAUACAAUGAAGCCACCAGUCAAUAGAGCCAAUGGAAGAAACAAGGAAUGGAGCCAUUUGUACAUUGACGAUAUCUUAUCGCUUCCAGAUAAAUGGGAGUACCCAUUCUUUGCAGCUUGGGAUACUGCGUUCCAUUGUAUUCCAUUUGCAAUGAUUGACCCGUGGUUUGCCAAGAAUCAAAUUGACUUGUUAUUACGUGAAUGGUAUAUGCACCCCAAUGGUCAAAUCCCGGCCUACGAGUGGAACUUUAGUGAUGUUAAUCCACCUGUGCAUGCAUGGGCUGCAUACAGAAUCUUUAAGAUUGAGAGAAAGAUGUAUGGCCGCGAGGAUAUUGAUUUUUUGGAGAGAGUUUUCCAAAAAUUAAUGUUGAAUUUUGCAUGGUGGGUGAAUAGAAAAGAUGCCGAGGGAAACAAUGUGUUUGAAGGUGGAUUCUUGGGUUUGGAUAAUAUUGGUAUCUUUAAUAGGUCUGAAGCAUUGCCUACCGGAGGUAAUUUGGAACAAGCCGAUUCGACGGGUUGGAUGGCGUUUUUUGCAUUGCAAAUGUUGAACAUUGCCUUGGAGUUGGCCAAGACCAGACCUGUGUAUGAAAAUAUUGCUUCCAAAUUUUUUGAACAUUUUGUUAUUAUUGCUGAUGCAAUGACAUUCAGGGGCCAAGAAGGUGCAGAGGGUUCAACCAAAAACUCCUUGUGGGAUGAAAAGGAUCAAUUUUAUUAUGACUCGAUUAGGUAUGGUGACCACCAUACACAAUCAUUGCCUGUUAGAUCCUUGGUUGGUUUAAUUCCCCUUUAUGCUUCGUUAACUUUAGAACCAGAAUUGUUGGAAAGGUAUCCUUCCUUCAAAAAGAGAUUGGAUUGGUUCCUUGAGCAUAGAAAAGACUUGGCAGAUAGAAACAUUGCAUCAAUGGAGACAAGAGGCUGUGGUGAAAGAUUAUUGUUGUCCUUGGUUUCAAAAGAAAGGCUUGUUGCCAUCUUGCAUAGAAUGUUGAAUGAAGACGAGUUUUUGUCUCCAUAUGGUAUUAGAUCAUUAUCGAAAUAUCACAAGGACCACCCAUUCUCAAUGGAAGUUAAUGGAGAGACUUUUAAAGUUGAGUAUUUGCCUGGUGAAUCAGAUUCUGGUAUGUUUGGUGGUAACUCUAAUUGGAGGGGCCCCAUUUGGUUUCCAACAAAUUUCUUGUUGGUUGAGGCAUUGCAAAGAUUCUAUUUGUACUAUGGUCCAGACUUGAAAGUUGAGUGUCCCGUUGGCUCUGGCGAAUAUUUGAACUUGGCUCAAUGUGCUCAAGAAAUCCAGCAUCGUAUGAUUCACUUGUUUCUUCCAGACCAGGAUGGAAACAGAGCAUGUAAUGGUGACAAUGAAUUGGUCAAUAAAGACCCUUUUUUCAAAGAUUAUGUUCCAUUUUACGAAUACUUUGAUGGUGAUACAGGAAGGGGAUUGGGGGCAUCUCAUCAAUGUGGUUGGACUGCUGUGGUUGCGAAAUGGAUCCAUGAUAAUGGUGCGUCAUGCAGAGUUCCAAAGACUCCUAGAACUCCAAUCAAUAGAAGGAAAUCCUCGUGUUAUCUCCACGAUAGUGAAAAGACGGACGAUUAUUACAAAAAGAUUGUGCCCAAGGAUGGUCCAUUCUCGGGUAAAUUAAUGAGAAGAAAGUCUGGUAAAUCUUUGCUCAACUUGACUGUUAAUGCUUUGGACCUUGACCGUGAUGAAGAAGAAACACAAGAUAGAGUUAAUGUGGAAAGAACAGUUACGGGUUUGGAUCAUGGUAUGAAUGUUACCGAUGAGAUCUUGAAGAAGGAGUUGGCAGGAUUGCAGAGGACUCAAUCAGGUGCAUCAAUUGAUUCUGAAGCCGAGGUUGACGAUGAUUUCUUGGAACAAGUUAAAUCGGCAUUCAAGAAGUACAGAACAAGAACCGAAGAUGACGAUGGAGUAUCCGGAGAUGAGUUUGAAACUAGAUGUUAA